UUGGAGCGGAACAAGGAAGAGGAGAGGGAAAACAUUCAACUCCGGUGGAAAAAUCCUCGAAUAAGACAGAAUUGGUGCGAUGGAAGUCCCGGGACCGGACAGCGACUGGAGGAGUCCCCAGUUCCGACAGAAAGUCGUCGCUCAGAUUGAAGAGGCCAUGAGGAAAGCAGGAACUGCACACACCAAGUCUAGCAACGACAUGGAGAACCACGUUUAUGUCAAAGCCAAAUCCAGAGAGGAGUAUUUGUCUCUGGUCGCGAGGCUGAUCAUACACUUCAGAGACAUCCACAAGAAGACCAUGGGAGGUCCAGAUCCCAUGAAUACCCUGACUAACCUGACAGGGGUUGGAGGGGGCCCAGGCGCCAUUGGCAUGGGGCCUCGCCCCACUGGUGCUCCAGUGGGUGGCAUGGGGGCCAUGGGGCCGAUGCAUGCCAUGGCAGGGGUGGCUGGAAACCCACAAGCCAUGGGGGGUCCAGGCCAGAUGCCAAUGCAGCAGAUGGUGCAGGCGCAGCAGCAACAGCAGCAGCAGCAGCAGCAGUCCCUCCAGUUUCAGCAGUUUCAGCAGGCCCAGCAGCAGCAGCAGAACGUCAUGCAGCAGCAGCAGUUUCAGGUUCAGCAGCUGAGAGCGCAGCUGCAGCAGCAGCAGCAGCAGCAGCAGCAGCAGCAGCAACACCACCACCAGAACCAGCAGCUCCAGCAGCAACAGCAGCAGCAGGCCCAGAACCAGCAGCAGCAGAACCAGAUGCACCAGACGAGGAUUCAGCAGCAACAGCAGCAGCAGAUGGUGCAGCUACAACUCCAGCAUCAGGCUCAGGCUCAGGCUCAGGCCCAGGCCCAGGCUCAGGCUCAGGCUCAGGCUCAGGCUCAGGCCCAGGCCCAGGCCCAGGCCCAGGCCCAGGCUCAGGCCCAGGCUCAGGCUCAGUCCAUUCAACAAAUGGUUCAUCAGCAGCAGCAGGUUCAGGGUCAGCCUCAGCCGGGCCAGAUGCCUCCACACUCUCAGCAGCAGCAGCAGCAGUCCGGCAUGGUGCCUCAGUCCCUGCCUGGACAGAUGACAUCUGCUCAGCACGUUCCCAUCAACUCACUGAGUCAGCAGCAGCAGCAGCAGCAGCAGUUCAAGAUCCAGGCUUUGCAGCAGGCCCGUGCAGCGUUGCAGCAGCAGCAGCAGGCCCAGCAUGCACAGCAGGCAGCGCAGCAAGCUCAGCAGGCCGCAGCACAGGCGCAGCUCAACGCAGCUGCUGCAGCCGCCGGACCUGGACAGUUGGUUCGUCCAGGGAUGGCCCUUCCCACCCGGGUGCCACGAGCCGCCCUCAACCCUUCCAUCCCUCCUUCAAACGCUGCCGCCGCCGCCGCUGCCGCCGCCGCCGCCGCUGCUGCAGUGGGAGGACAGCAGAUGACGCAGCAGGUACAGCAGCAUUCAGUGAUGUCAUCGCCCUCACCUGUGCAGGUCCAGACGCCGCAGUCGAUGCCGCCUCCUCCUCAGCCGUCACCCCAGCCCCCCACAUCACAGCCCAACUCGGCCAGCUCUGGUCCCACACCAUCUCCAGGGGGGUUCCAGCCCAGCCCGUCCCCUCAGCCCUCACAGAGCCCCGCCACUGCCCGGACCCCCGUGAACUAUGGAGUCCCCUCUCCUGGACCGCUCAACACUCCAGGUAACCCCAGCUCAGUGAUGAGUCCAGCCGGAGCCACGUCCCUGGAGGACCAGCAGUACAUGGAGAAACUCAAACAGCUCUCCAAAUACAUCGAACCUCUGCGCAGGAUGAUCAACAAGAUCGACAAGAACGAAGACAGAAAGAAGGACCUGAGUAAGAUGAAGAGUCUGCUGAACAUCCUGACGGAUCCAACGACCAGGUGUCCUCUGAGGACUCUGCAGAAAUGUGAAAUCGCUUUAGAGAAGCUGAAGAACGACAUGGCUGUGCCCACCCCCCCUCCCCCUCCUGUGGCCACCAAGCAGCAGUAUCUGUGUCAGCCGCUGCUGGACGCCGUCAUGGCCAACAUCCGCUCUCCAGUCUUCAACCACUCCCUGUACCGAACCUUCGCCCCCGCCAUGGCCGCCAUCCACGGACCCCCCAUCACGGGUCCCAACAUCUCUGGUCGCAAGAGGAAGCACGAGGAGGACGAGCGGCAGACCAUUCCCAACAUCCUGCAGGGAGAGGUGGCUCGCCUCGACAUCAAGUUCCUGGUCAACCUGGAUCCUUCCUACUGCAGCAACAACGGCACCGUGCACCUCGUCUGCAAACUGGACGAUAAAAACCUCCCCAGCGUUCCUCCCCUGCAGCUCAGCGUUCCUGCCGAUUAUCCCGACCAGAGUCCUCACUGGGCCGACGACAGGGAUCAGUACGGUGCAAACAGCUUCCUGCAGACCGUCCACAGGAACAUGACGUCCAAACUGCUGCAGCUACCGGACAAACACUCAGUGACGGAGCUGCUCAACGCCUGGGCUCAGAGCGUCCGCCAGGCCUGUCUGUCUGCGGCCUGAGGCCCCGCCCACUGCUCACCUGACAUCACCUGCUGCGGCCACAGUAACACACACACACAGUGUGCAUGAACACUACAUUCUCAUCUGAUCUCCGACCAGUCUCCUCUGUCUAUUAACGUCCUGCUAGGACGCACUAGUCGCCACUGUAUUCAGAAGUCCAUUAGUGAGACAGCAGAUUUUAGGCAGAGCCGCUUGUAGAUAAUAUUUACACGUAUGUUUCUGCAGCGACGGGUCGGUUUAACUCUUCCACAGGUAACAUGAAGGGAAACCGACAUGGAAACAGCUCGACAGUCUUUUAUCCCAGCUUAUAUUCUGCUCCCUGAAUGCAUCAUGAGUUUGUUUGUGUUUAUUAUUUAGUUGGAAUGAGUUUGUGGUUUGUAGCACAGAGAAGUGCUGAUGUGGGCAAAAGGUUUGAACACUUUGGUUUUCAAAGUGAAAAUAUAACUGUAUUUUUUUCUAUUGCAAAUAAAAAUGUUUAAGUUCA